UUUUAUCAUACGGCUGCUUCUGAGGGAAAAACUUCAAAAAAGCGUUGCGAGUUAAAUAAACCGUUAUGAAAGCCCACUACUCGUUUCAUUUGCUCAGAAGUAAACGAAAAACAGGAAACGGCUCAGCAUACUUUUCAAAAAAGCAACUAAAAUGUGUUUUGAUGUGAAAAUGUAAAAUCUACGGCUGCUUUCAUUUCCUUUAAAGAAAGCAGGAAAAUGCAAAUGGAUUUUUAAUCUUCGUUUACUUUUUUGUGCAUUUUUUUCCUUGACUACUCAAUAGACGCCGGCGCCCAGAACCAUCUUAUUUUCUUAUUAUUGUCAGUCCAUUUGAGCUCCUUGCAACGGGCGUUUUAGUUAAAAUGUCAAAACUAAAAAGUAAAACUAAAUGGGAAAACGAAGUCAGAUAAACAAUUAUAAAUGCCAAAUAUAACAACUGACGAACGAUUCUUUAAUUGAAAUAAUUUUAUACAACCAUUUUAUUUGUUCCAUUUUUUCUUCAAAUUUACAAUCUAUUUUAUUAUGAAAACAAUAACAAAAAAUUCAAAAAAUUCAAAUUUCUGAUUCUUGAAAGAUUUCUUCCCAAGUUACUUAAAUUUAAAUUUUUUUUUCAGAAUUUUACAUAUUUUUUUGAUGAUUAUGACGCAAUCCCAAGGUAUAGCUUUUGAUAUAGUCCAACUUAUUCUCUAUCUUGUAAUAACUCCAGUUUCAAUUCGACUUGUGGUCAAAACUUAUGUAGAGUUAACCGUUUACAAAAACUCGCAGACUUUCCGCAUCGACUUCUACAUUUUUCACAUCAUAAUUUACUCUGCUUGGGCCAUUUUUGGGCUCAUAAAUGUGUACUACACUUUGGGGAAUAUUGUGUUGCGACAACUGGCGGGUAACAGUGAGCAGCUGGAAGUGUUGUUGGGCAACGGGGCCCAUCAUUGUGCGAGUGACCUGUUCCUGGUGUUCUCGUUUGCCAUAUAUGGAUACUGUGCCAUCCUCAUGCCCAUAAACUGGAUGGAGAUUGCCACCAAUGGAUAUGUGGCAGCUACUGACGUGAACCAGGGCCAGAUAUUGCGGGUGAUGUCGUGUCUGAGUGUCGUGGAGAGUGUGUUCUCAAUGGUGCACAACUACGGCGCCUCCUCCUGGCACUCGCCGGCUAACAUGGACGUCAACCAGUUCUGCUCCACCCUCAACCGAGUGCGCAGACACCCCUUCACAUUCUAUAAGUCCAUCGUGCUGUGUGGUCUAUCUGUCACGGUGUCGAUGGCGUCCAUUCUGCUGGCUGUGAGGACCAAAUUCAGCAUAGAAGAAAAACCCCACCAAUGGAAACAUAUCACGGCAAUCACUUUCGAGAAAGAGUAUUUCCCAAGACUAGUCAAACAGCUGUCUGUCCACAUGGUGACGUGCAUGUGGAUCUGUUUGCACAUAAUGGCGUACUUCAACGACAGUCUCUACCAGAUGUUCUACCAGAACAUAUUCAUAUUCGCAGGCGCCAGAAUCAUCAUAGGAACUGCAAUCAAUCUCAACCAAAUCACACUCUGAUCUCAUUCCCUCUGAUGCUCUCACCCAUUUUUGAUUUAAAAUGCGCGACGUUUUGAUUUUACAUAUAUCUCAAUGAGGUUUGCAUAUAUGCCCGCACUGACAAAAAUGGA